ACUGAUAGUGGCAUUCAUCUUUACUAAUAAUGGACAGAUUUGAAAUUCCUUUAUAGUCAAUACAGAAUAUUAAUUUACCUCCAGAUUUCUAUCAAAAAACAAAUGAAAAUUAUUUUCAAUAGUUUUCAAUACUAGUUGGUACUUGUGUUUUUUUUCUCAGUGUAAGUUCAGACUUAUCUAGUGUGGAAGUAAAUUGGAAAUUGCUGUCUUCUGGAACCAGCCUCUAGUGGACGUUUAUGGAAUUGCACUUUUUUUUUUUGUUUUAUUUAUGUACGUCCUUAAAAGAGGUCUCUAUUGACACACACCUGUCUGUUUUUCCCGCAGAUGCCCGUAUCCUGUAUGGAACCCUGAGGUUCAACUUGUCACGAUUCCGUCGCAGACCUCCCCACCAUGAGGGGGCGCUGUUCUCGAAAACUAGGCGUGCUAGCCAAAGCGGGUUUCUUUCUGUGGCUGCUGUGGCUUGGCUACAUAGUGCUGGAACGUUCUACCUUCCCGUUCUCUUCAUCAACACGGGAGGAAGACGAUAAGCACAAUGUUCUGGUGAGGCAGCUGCCUGAAGAGAUUAGCGGGAUAGAUGGACCGCUGGCUAGAGCAGUUUACAUAAAACCCCCACCAGACAGCAAUGCGCCCGGGGAGUGGGGCAGAGCCACCCGCCUCAACCUCAGCCCGGAAGAGAAGAAAUUAGAGGAAGAAAGUGUGGAGAGCUAUGCUAUCAACAUCUAUGUCAGUGACAAGAUCUCCCUGCAUCGGCACAUCCAGGACCACAGGAUGGAAGAAUGCCGGAAUAAGAAGUUUGACUACCGACAUUUACCUACCACUUCAGUGAUCAUUGCCUUCUACAACGAGGCCUGGUCCACCCUGCUGAGGACCAUUCACAGCGUGCUGGAGACCACGCCCGCCAUCCUGUUGAAAGAGAUAAUCCUAAUUGAUGACUACAGUGACCGAGGGUAUCUAAAGUCCCAGCUAGCAGAGUACAUCAGUAAUCUGCAACGCGUGAGGCUCAUUCGGACCAACAAAAGGGAGGGGCUGGUCCGAGCACGCCUCAUUGGCGCCACAUAUGCUACUGGUGAUGUUCUAACAUUUCUUGAUUGCCACUGUGAGUGUGUCCCCGGCUGGAUCGAACCUCUUCUUGAAAGAAUUGCUGAGAAUGCCAGUACCAUCGUGUGUCCUGUGAUUGAUACCAUCGACUGGAACUCUUUUGAGUUUUACAUGCAAACUGAUGAACCAAUGAUAGGAGGGUUCGACUGGAGACUCACCUUUCAGUGGCACUCUGUCCCCGAAUCUGAGCGCAAGAGGCGGAAGUCUCGCACUGACCCCUUCAGGUCUCCAACAAUGGCAGGAGGCUUAUUUGCUGUGAGCAAAGUGUAUUUUGAGUACCUUGGCACAUAUGACAUGGGCAUGGAGGUGUGGGGAGGAGAAAACCUGGAGCUCUCUUUCAGGGUUUGGCAGUGUGGGGGCACUCUGGAGAUUCAUCCCUGCUCUCAUGUGGGCCAUGUGUUCCCUAAAAAAGCCCCUUAUGCCCGACCAAACUUCCUCCAGAACACUGUACGAGCUGCAGAGGUUUGGAUGGACUCCUAUAAACAUCACUUCUACAACAGGAAUCCUCCAGCCAAAAAGGAGAACUAUGGUGACAUCACUGAGCGGCUACAGCUGAGGGAGAAGCUGAAAUGCAACAGUUUUGAUUGGUAUCUGAAGAAUAUAUACCCAGAACUUCAUGUUCCUGAAGACAGGGAAGGCUGGCAUGGGGCAAUCCGCAGCUCAGGUAUACAGUCAGAGUGCCUGGAUUACAACGCUCCAGAUCACAACCCUACAGGAGCCCAUCUUUCUCUGUUUGGCUGCCAUGGCCAAGGUGGAAACCAGUACUUUGAAUACACUUCUCAGAAGGAGAUCCGGUUCAACUCUGUGACAGAGCUGUGUGCAGAAGUUCUGGAUGGGCAGACCAGCAUAAAUAUGAGGAACUGUCCUCGUGACUGGGAGCUUAAGCCUCCCAGCAUCAUCUGGGACUUCAGAAAGGACGGGACCAUCCACCAUCCUCACUCAGACAUGUGCGUAACGGCUUUCCGCACAGCCGAGGGUCGCACCGACGCCCAGAUGAGCAGGUGCAGCCCAAACAACAAGAAGCAGCUGUGGAAGUUUGAGUGGUAGAAAAAGGGAUGUCAAACUAAAGCUGGACAUUUCAAGUGACCUUUUGAGACUGUUCUUUAAGCAGUCUGUACUGUCCUCAAUUUGAGUUGCAAUGGCAAACGAAGUAGGUUUUUAAUAUAUCACUUUAGGCCAAUAAAUUACCCCACAGAGUACUUUUAUACCUUUUAAAGAUUGCAGACUAGGGGGCUUUUCUUUUCGUUUCAUCCAAGUGCCUCUUAAACUUCAAUACUCCUCACCUCAAGUGUGAUUUAAAUUCUCCUAUGAAAAAAAACCCAUGAAGGCAAUUUUUUAAAAACUCAACAAAGUGAUGCUGCACCAUAGAAUGUUUCCUAAACGUGCAAUUCUUUUUAUUAUUAUUGUUAUUAUUAUUUUUAAUUCUCUUGCUUGUUUGUAUAGUUGUCAUAAAUGUUAAAAAGCUGGCUGCUACAAGAAGCUGUGCAAGCUAAAUUUUGUUCAUCUGGGUUCUAAAAUAUUAGGGGUGUAAUGAUUUAUUCUAAGGACGAUUCAAUUCUUUUAAUAAUCUGUGGUUGACGAUACGAUUCAUAGUCAAUAUUGGUUUAUUUGGUGCGAUCCGAUUCAUGGACCUAAAAAUUGGUCCACGACAUCUUUAGCCAAAAAUUCCACCGAUGUGACUCAGAGAUAUCUGGUACUAAGCGGUGCAGGUUGUAUUUCUUGCAAGAUAUUCAUGGAAAUUUAUUAUGUGUACAAACAAACAAGUAAUACUACGGUCACAAAUACAGCUGCCACCGCGUGAUGGGGAGGGAUCAGCAGAAUCUACACCCAAUUUUUUUGAAAAUUGUUGGCGUGGUCAUGGAUGUGGACGGUGGCACUCAGGCAUAGGGGCUACCGGACAGCUGGUGGCACUCAAGAUGUCCCUAGGUGGUGGCUGAUUUCAACUUUUAGAGAAAAAUCCUUCGGUCGCUGUAAGAAUUGUACCGUAUUUCCCGCAUGAUAGGGUCCACCGUAUUAUAAGGUGCAGAAAAAAAGGUAACAGAAGAAUAACAAUGAGUUUAGUUAAUCUUUAUUCCAAACAACUUUUAUUUAUUUUAAUCAAUCUUCUCCCACAAAACAUCUUUGGUGUUUGAAUUAAACAGCUGAGUAAUUAUCAAACAUGGUGGUUCCCUCUCAUUGUUGUCGGAGUCUAUCUCAUAGUCAGGCGGUUGUUCAACAAUGAUGCCGGCAACUGGUAACACUUGGAAAAUUGGUACUCCAGAUUAUUAGGCGCAUGUCCGAUUUUUUUAAAAAAGUUUAGGCUUUUAAGUGUGCCUUAUAUUGUGGAAAAUACAAGAACUUUUUCUCAAAACCCAAAAGUUGAGUUAAAAUGCGACUGCCACCUUCACUGAGUGAAACAAUCCUGCGACGCGGUGGCAUUUUGGGAUAUGGGACCGUAGAAUUAAUAAUACAUUCACAUUUUAGUUUCAUAAAGUUCAGUCCACUGUUGUUUUUUCACAUUAAAAUAAUAGAAACAUUAUUCGAACAUUAUUUCACACUGUACUUUCACAUGUCUUUGCAAAAUUCAAAGUGUUUCCACACAUUGGACUUUAAUAAUGGUUGUUCAUUUUCAUCCUUUGUGUGUUGUCCGCUGUGAUUUUUACGUUAUAGUAAAAUAAACACACCGCGCUUCAAUCCAAAUGGUAUUUUCCAAUACGGAUGUAACAGUAAUUAUUCCAUUUUGAAACAAUUUUAUAGUAUAUAGGUCGAUUUAAUAAACAACUUGUCUCAGACAGAUGGAUCUGUUGGACUCAUCAAUUUAUCGUUACACCCCAUAUAACAUGUCAAACAAAGAGGGACGGCGCUGUGAUUACACUCCACUGCUUCCUAGUUCUGUCUUUUACCUGUGAAGCCAGUGUUAUUGUGGAAAACUACCUGGACAAGACUUGAAAAGAAAUGUGUGUUUUACCCGAAAGUGCUGAUUUUACGUGUAUACUGUAAAUCUACUAUCUAUCUGCCACUUUUUUUCUAAAACAAAUGUGUGCCAAAAGCAAAACGUGUCACUUUAUUUAAAUCUGUGUGGGAGAAAAUUCAGAAAACUAGAAUAAGCUUUUGAGAAAUCCAUCUGUUUGUCUUGUUUUCCAACCCUGUUUGCAAACUGCAUUCAAAUACACUCCUCUUUUUAUUAUUUUAUUCACUUGAUUAUUAAUCGUUUCUAUGUGGGAUCAGGAAAUCAGAUGUAUUAAAUGUCUCUAUAGUGGAUUGGAUUCAUGUCUAUGAAACGCUUAUUUGUACAAACAUUUUGUGUUACUUUCUUUUGUUACAAAUAUUUGGUUUGAAGGACCAAAGAGGGGCUGUAAUGAUGUAAAGGCAUCUUUAAAAACUACUGAUAAUGCAAAUAGGGAACAUUGAUCAUUUGUUAUAAUGGUGGACUGCUUUGUUUCUAGAAAAAAAAUGAUGAAAGCUGCUGGUAUGAUUGAGAUAAUAAAAAAAACUAACCGUAUUUGUGAAGUUUUGUGUUCUUUUUUUGUUGUUUCUGUCGCAUAUAUACACACCAAAUUGAUGGUUAUAGUUGCAAAUGUGUUUGUUUGAAGAAGUAGAGGAAACUAUAGUACUUGUCUUUGAUAAUAGUGUUUUAACUUAAAAUGCAGCUUAUAAAAUCCUAACAUUGACAAGCAUUUACUAUCUUGUUAAUAACACUGCAGACAUUCAUAGUGGUUUACCGCCACCUACUGACAGCACACAAACCACAUUUACUGCAGAGGAAAUGACAGUGUGGUGAAUGUAACAGAACGUUGUACCUCAUUCUAUCAAAUAUUAAAAAGAUAAAUAAUUGUCAUCCCACAUGUAGCUUACUUUUGGCUGCAGACCCCCUGAUCUAUAUAAAAUUCUGGUUAAUCUGAUUUGAAUUGUACCCAAAUGAAAAAAAAAAAA